UUACAGGUGUGAGCCACUGUGCCCGGCCAUCGGAGUUUUAUAUUUUAUUGCCAACAUCUAAUCUAAGGCUCUGCUCCACGCUGAAUGCUCAUUGGCUGUUCGUACCUUGUUACAGAAGUUCCUGACGGUCCUUUCGUCUGUGUAUAUUGCCAGGGGCCUUUGGUAACCUGAAAUUCCCUUAUGGUGAGGCAGCAGGAAGCAGAGAAACCUAGCAGAGACAGAACCUUGGGGCUCUCUCCUUUAUCUUUGGUCAUAAUUGUCCAACUUCAAAAUAAAUUCUGCAACACCACUAGUCACCAGGGUUAUCAUCCUAUCAAAGGGUGUUUGAUGUUGUCAGUUUAAGGGAUUAAAAUAAGUAACUUCCACACAAGAGGUAGACAAGCAAUACCAACCUGAGAACGAGAGCCAAGUACUGGGAAGGCUCGAAUCACCUGCAUCACCUUCGGAAUGGCACUGCAUUACUCAAAAUUGAGAAUGUUCUCGUGCACAGAAUGCUGAGAUUCAUGUCAAUGAACUGAUGUUAGGUUGUUCUGCAGGAAAACAUAGUAAAUAUUAUCAUUUAUGGCAUAAAAAUAUGUUUUCAGAUGACUCUAGGCUAAGAGCAAUGAAACAAUGAAGAGAAAAAAUGAUCUUUUGACCCAGAUCUAGAUUGUUCUACCCUUAAAGUAUUUAAGAUGGUGAUAAGCACAUGUCUAAAUUACCUGACUUCUCUGAUAGUCAAAUGCGAAAAAAAAUCAGACGAGAAAGGGAUAAAGUUGAAGUUUUAAAAAAUUCAUAUUAGGAAAAUUAGAAAUACAUGAAAUUUCAUCUGAAAUCAACCAGAGACUUGGAUCCUGUUCUGCUUGAGUUUUACAUCAUGCAAUACAAAUUAAAUACGUUGCUGAUAAAAUGGACCCAAAGCUUCCUAUUGAAUUAUAUAAAAUGAGCUUUCUAUCAUUGUCCUCACCUUUGAAAAAUAGGAUUUUCAUAAAUCACACUAUUUUCCUAAUAACCCUAACUUCAAACAGUUCAAUUUUUAUUUAAAGGAAAGCAAUUUCCCAAAUGGCAUUUAGUUAGAACAGGUGCUGUUCCAUUGACAACUUUUAAACGGUUGGAAUUAGCUUUGACAUCUGGAUGCCAGAGCUAAUCAGGGGGCGUUUUCUCUUUUUCUAUCUGUACUCACUAUCUGAAGCCCAGUUUACAGCUUCUGAGUGUAUUUUGUACCUCGUUAAAUGUUUUUGGCAUCCUCUAUAGCAUAUUGGCCAGUAUGAUUCAUCCUUUCUUUGAGCACAAUUAGCUGUGAAAACAGAUCUUAGGACAGACUCCCUCCCCCGCCCCAAAGGAUUACUGAAGGUAGGAAAUGCAGGUGAUUAUCAGAGUUUGCCUUUGAUACAGACAUCCUGCUCUGCCUUGGCCCUUUGAACUAACUUUGAUAUGCAAUAAUUAAGAGGGAUUCAACCCCUGGAGGAGAAGCCUCAUGGCCCUGCCUCUUCUCUCCUUCUAUUGAGUCCUUGUUUUGAACUAUUGAUCAAACAGAUUUGAAGGGAUUUGUUGAAGCCUGUGUGGGGUAGGAGGAAGGAACAGAGUCGGGAGGAGGCACAUCUGGUUAUAAAUAGUUUCAGGAGGAACCUGCUGGUCAGACCUGGCUCAGCUGAUUUCAAGCACCUUACUCAGACAAAAUUUUGCUUCUCUUUCAGAAAAAGCAGUGAUAAACUGACGACGUGCUGAGCUGCCAGCUUGGUGGAUGCUCUGCUGUGGGUGGAGAGCAGCCUCGCUUCGGGGACACACAGUGCUGGGACCCUCCGGGAGCCUGGGGAUUGAAGGAUGGUGGCAGCCGUCCUGCUGGGACUGAGCUGGCUCUGCUCUCCCCUGGGAGCUCUGGUCCUGGACUUCAACAACAUCAGGAGCUCUGCCGAUCUGCACAGGGCCGGGAAGGGCUCACAGUGCCUGUCUGACAUGGACUGCAAUACCAGAAAGUUCUGCCUCCAGCCCCACGAUGAGAUGCCGUUCUGUGCUACGUGUCGUGGGUUGCGGAGGAGAUGCCAGCGAGAUGCCAUGUGCUGCCCUGGGACAUUCUGUGUGAAUGAUGUGUGUACUGCAAUGGAAGAUGCAACCCCAAUAUUGGAAAGACAGCCUGACGAGCAAGAUGGCACAGAUGCAGAAGGAGCAACUGGGCACCCAGUUCAGGAAAACCAACCCAAGAGGAAGCCAAGUAUUAAGAAAUCACAGGGCAGGAAGGGACAAGAAGGAGAAAGUUGUCUGAGAACUUUUGACUGUGGCCCUGGACUUUGCUGUGCUCGUCAUUUUUGGACGAAAAUUUGUAAGCCAGUCCUUUUGGAGGGACAGGUCUGCUCCAGGAGAGGGCAUAAAGACACUGCUCAAGCUCCAGAAAUCUUCCAGCGUUGCGACUGUGGCCCUGGACUACUGUGUCGAAGCCAACUGGCCGGCGAUGGGCAGCAUCCACGGUUAAGAGUAUGCCAAAAAAUUGAAAAGCUAUAAAUAUCUCAACGUAAAGAAGAAUCCUCAUUGCAUUCGGGCUCAGUCUUGGACAUGAACUUUCAAAUGUCUCCAUACAGAUCUCUCCUGAAAUCAAAUCUUGCAGCAAGCAAAAUAGCCUGAAACUAGAGAACUGAGAUGAUGGCUUUGUGAUGAAUGAGACUAGCAUUAGCUUUUUGUCUGUUUUUCCAGAAAACCAAUGAGAUUCUGUAACAAAAAAAUUUAUUUCUAAUCUAAGGGCUCCAUUAAUUCAAAUCUUUAAGAAUUGAAAUUGUAUAUAUUUAAGGUAUACAGCGUGAUGUUUUGAAAUACAUAUACUAUAGUUGAGCUACAGCUCUCUCUCCAAAUAAAUCUUUAAGCAAUUUCUGGUGAAGGCUGGUGCCUGACAGUAUCCUAGGGGGGAAAAAUGAUGGCAUCUGAAGUUAAAAGGAAAUUAAUUCUUUUAUCUUCCCAGGGAAAAUUAUCACAACAAAUACUGUAUUUUUCCUUAAAAACCCUAUUGUUUAUUUCCAUUCAUUUCUUGGAAAGGAAAUGGCAUUUCACUACAAAAUAAUUUGGUUAAUAAAGAAGUUUCAAAAAGUAA